ACAGCAAAGGAGUAGAGUAGUUGGUGUUGUUGCAGAGUUCCGUUGGCAGGCACACCAUGUCCCUCUCCACCGCCUCCCGCCGCGCCCUCAGCCGGAUCGGUGGCGCCCUCCGGCGGUCCUUCUCGUCGUCGUCGGUGCCGGACGCCUCGGGGUACCACGUGUCCGGUGGGCCGAGCUUCAUGCGCGCGGCCGUGUUCUGGGAGCCCGGCCGCCCGCUCACCAUGGAGGAGUUCCGCAUGCCGCGCCCCAAGGCCGGCGAGGUCCUCGUCAAGACCAAAGCUUGUGGAGUCUGCCACUCUGAUCUCCAUGUCAUGAAAGGCGAACUCCCUUUCGCCAGCCCUUGUGUUGUUGGCCAUGAGAUCACCGGGGAGGUUGUCGACCAUGGCAUGCACACGCCCGCUGAGAUCGUCAAUAGGUUCCCAGUUGGCAGUCAUGUUGUUGGAGCCUUCAUAAUGCCCUGUGGGAAUUGCUUUUACUGUGUGAAGGGCCAGGAAGACCUCUGUGAGACUUUCUUUGCGUAUAAUCGUGCUAAAGGAACACUAUACGAUGGUGAAACCCGACUGUUUCUACGCAGCAACGGAAAACCAGUGUACAUGUACAGUAUGGGCGGGCUUGCGGAGUACUGUGUUGUGCCGGCCAAUGCACUAGCAAUUCUUCCUAACUCGUUGCCGUACACAGAGUCAGCCAUUCUAGGAUGUGCUGUGUUCACCGCGUAUGGCGCUUUGAGGCAUGCUGCUGAAAUGCGUGCCGGUGAUUCAGUAGCAGUGAUUGGGGUUGGAGGGGUCGGAUCAAGCUGUUUACAGAUAGCAAGAGCCUUUGGAGCUUCCGAAGUCAUUGCGGUAGAUGUUCUUGAUGAGAAACUUCAGAAUGCAAAAACACUUGGAGCAACCCACACUGUAAACGCAGCUAAAGAAGACGCUGUUGAAAGGAUCAAGGAAAUUACUGGUGGGAGAGGUGUGGAUGUGGCUGUGGAGGCACUUGGCAAGGCAUUAACAUUUUCCCAGUGCACCCAAAGUGUGCGAGAUGGAGGUAAAGCUGUUAUGAUUGGGCUUGCUGCAACAAACGUAGUAGGCGAGGUGGAUAUAACCCGUCUUGUUCGCCGACAGGUCAAAAUCAUUGGCUCGUAUGGUGCAAGAGCCAGGCAAGAUCUUCCUCAGAUAGUCAAGCUUGCUGAGAGCGGCGCCUUCAAUCUCGAGAACGCCAUAUCAAGGAAAUGCAAAUUCGAAGAGGCAAACAGCGCCUAUGAGGAUCUCAACCAGGGCAAGAUCGUUGGCCGGGCUGUAGUUGAAAUCAUGCAGUGCUGACGAGAUGAUCAUGUGGUCGAAAGUCUGGGUCAAACAAAUAAGAAUAUGCCGCGACAACCCUGCGAACUUGGUUUGUCUUGCAGCAUGGUCUCACUCCCUGAUUUGUGUUGGAUGCAAAAAAUUGUUGAUUGAAAGAUUGUUGUGCUCACAAGGAGAUGUCUAUCUCAGUUUGUUCUUCUUUGCAUCACAUACUGUGAAUAUUGGGUAUACAAUUUGCUUAUACAGUUCUGCAGCCAGAUUUCUGGUUUCUAAUGUUA